CCAAGUCUGGUUAUUAAUAACCUGCCUGUUGCUGCCUGUUGACAUUUGCAAAGCCUGAUGGAUCGUAGCGCUACGGCUUCUUGCGCACGUGGGUGCGCAGUUCUACCAAAAUAUGUCAGGAUCCUUCGUUAAUUUGGCAAGGGUACAAAGAGGUAUCAGCACGGUCUUACCCCACUGACACGCUGCCUUCAUCACGGAGCACACGGUCAGUCUUGUGUUGUGUGCUUUGGCCUUUAAAAACCCAGGGCAUGGAAAAUUGAGAUCCGUGCUCUGGCCAGACAUGCACAUACGGGAACUCAGCAGCACACAAUAGCAUCUAUUUCUGUAAAUGCAGCGGGGUUAUCGCUCCACUUACACUGACCCCUUCUCUCUCUCUCUCCCCCUCUCUCUCUCACUCACUCAUUCUCCCGUCCUCUUUAUCUGACGCUCUCUGUCGCUUGCAAUCAUGGCCGACAAGAAUAGCCGGUUGAGCGUUAAGAAGAAAGACAAGAAGGUGGAAAACAAGCCUCAAGAUGAAAAAGACAAAGACAAAGUGAAGGACAAGUUUGCAAAAAAGGCUGACAAACUUCCAAAAAAGCCAGAUCAGACGCCUGAGCAGGCCAAGACGGGCGAAGAGAAGAAGAAUGGUGAAGGUAGCGGGACGGCGGGAGCGGAGGCAAAGAACAUGGAAGAAAAUGGAGAGUUUCAACCCAUAGAGCUUCCACCGUUUGAGAUAGUCACAGGCGAACAGAUGAGCCCGUUUUACUUCAAGUUUCAGUUUCGGAAUGUGGAGUAUUCGUCAGGAAGGAACAAGACCCUGCUAUGCUUCAGAGUGGAUACAGCAGGGGGCACCGCCGAGCCUCUCAAAGGUUACAUGGAGGAUGAACAUACCACAGCCCACGCAGAAGAGGUCUUCUUCCAACAGGUUCUGCCAAACUACAACUCCUCCCAGGACUAUGACAUUACGUGGUACGUAUCGUCCAGUCCCUGCGCGGCUUGUGCAGCUAAGCUGGCCAAAAUACUGCAGCAUCGCAAAAAGCUGCGUCUGUGCGUGUUCUGUUCCCGUCUCUUUGAGUGGGAGCAGCCGGAGAUAGUAGAAGGCUUAAAAGCCCUGGUCAGUGCUGGCUGCAAACUGCGGAUGAUGAAACCAUCUGACUUCGUCCAUGUUUGGGAGACGUACGUGGAGAAGGAGGAGCAGACUUUUGCACCUUGGGAGGACUGUCAAGAAAACUAUGACUUCUAUGUGGAGAAGCUGGCUGAGAUCCUCAAGUAGCUGUGGACUUGAUGGGAAACGACUUCUGACUGAAGGAACCACUAAUUAUCCCACUGAUUGAACGUGGUUCUUGUAGUUAUACUUAAUGGUGCAGAUUUAAAUGAACACUCGUAGCAACAUUUUUUUUUAUUUGAUAUUAUGAUAAUUUAAUAGGAAGGCACAAAAUGUGUUAGAGACAUUUCUUAGAAUUAUUUAGUUAUAGCUGUACAAUUACUGGUCACAUUUGAAGAAACAAAACGAUGACAUGUACUAUUUGAAACAUCUACAUUAAAUACACUCUGGAGAAGACCAACUACUGACAUCUGGUGGUUAGUCUAAGAACUGAACCAAUGACUGAAGGUGUGUGUGUGAACAUGGUAUAUAUAUAUAUAUAUAUAUAUAUAUAUAUAUAUAUAUAUAUAUACUGCUCAAAAUAAUUAGAGGAACACAGUCACCCUGCUCUGCGUGUCACUCUCAGAGCGACAUCUCUGCUAUUUUGGCAUUGUGGGAUAACUCGUCCACAGACUGAUCUUGCCGGACUACUUUUGCCUGACCCAGUUUCCGGUUAUUUGCAAAAUAGCGCUGAAUUUGCCGACAUGAGAAUAUGCUGCUGGAUGAGUGUGAGUAUUGACUUGCGAUCAUUUAGGCAUAAAAACACACGAGAUACACAAGUUCACAGGAAUAUAUCAAUUAUCUGGGAACUACUUUUUGCGCAGGAAUUCAUCAAGCAUGUGGGCUGCGGGCGAGUACUAACACAGAAUAUCCAGAAACUGGGCAGUUGUUCAGCCAAAACGAGAACGUCCACUCUUAGCUUGCCAUAAGCUAAGCUAGCGGCACGCGUGAGUGUGGAACACAUUGUUCACACUUUCUCAUUCAACUGCAAAUAUUUGACUGGUAUUGUAUAUAAUAUAUAAUAAUGAUGUACAACCCCAAAGAAGAAAGUUGGGUAAGUUGGUUCCACUCCUCCAGCGAAUGCAAAGGAGUCGGUAUCGGGUUAUUUGGUCACAUGACUUUUAGUCAG